AUGUCGGCGCAGGAGACCGUGCUGGGGCACUCCCUCUCCAGCGCCGCCUUGAUCUCGUCGACCACAUCGAACCCUCUGAUGGAGUUGCGGUUGGGGUUGGAGAGCUUCUCGCUCACGAUGCUGGGGCUGCUGUCCAGCAGGACCGACGCGUCGCAGCCCUUUAUAAAGAAAACACGACACCAAAUGAGGCUACCAAACAUGGGUUCCCUCCAAUCAUCAAUCAUCAUCAGCUGGCUAGCUGGCUAG